UUCUGUCUCUUGUUAGUUGUUACACUUCCAACUCAUCCUCUUCCUGUCUUCCUCGUUUUCUCCGCCUCUCUCUCUCUCCUUCAGUUUAUUUUACUCAGUCCCUUUGAAUCUCAUUGGUCUCAACUAUAUCGAAAUGGCUACGUCUUUCUCCGCCACACUUCCUCUCCAUGGAUCUCAAGAGAAUCGUCUCUUACUCCCCCCGAUCCGAUUGGCUCCUCCUCCUUCUUCUUUCCUCGGAUCCACCCGCUCUCUCACCAUUCCUUCUUCUCGAAGACUCUACCACGCUCACGCAUCUCGUCGAUCUCCCGUCGUUGGCGUCCAGGAAGUUGUCAAAGAGAAGAAAGUCACCAACAGCCUGUUAAUAACCAAAGAGGAAGGAUUAGUGUUGUAUGAAGACAUGAUACUCGGUAGAUCUUUCGAGGACAUGUGUGCUCAAAUGUACUACAGAGGCAAGAUGUUCGGUUUUGUCCACUUGUACAACGGCCAAGAAGCCGUCUCAACCGGCUUCAUCAAGCUCCUCACGCAGUCCGACUCAGUCGUCAGCACGUACCGUGACCACGUCCACGCCCUCAGCAAAGGCGUCUCCGCUCGCGCCGUCAUGAGCGAGCUCUUCGGGAAAGUCACGGGAUGCUGCAGAGGCCAAGGUGGGUCCAUGCACAUGUUCUCUAAAGAACACAACAUGCUCGGUGGGUUCGCCUUCAUCGGCGAAGGCAUCCCUGUGGCCACCGGUGCUGCGUUCACCUCAAAGUACAAGAGAGAGGUCUUGAAACAGGACUGCGAUGACGUCACUGUUGCGUUUUUCGGAGACGGGACUUGUAACAACGGGCAGUUCUACGAGUGUCUCAACAUGGCUGCGCUUUAUAAGUUGCCUAUUAUCUUCGUCGUUGAGAAUAACUUGUGGGCUAUUGGGAUGUCUCACUUGAGGUCGACUUCUGAUCCUGAGAUUUGGAAGAAAGGACCUGCGUUUGGGAUGCCAGGUGUCCAUGUUGACGGUAUGGAUGUGUUGAAGGUGAGGGAAGUGGCUAAAGAGGCGGUGACGAGAGCUAGAAGAGGAGAAGGUCCGACGUUGGUGGAAUGUGAGACUUAUAGGUUCAGAGGACACUCCUUGGCUGAUCCUGAUGAGCUCCGUGACGCUGCUGAGAAAGCCAAGUACGCUGCUAGAGAUCCGAUCACGGCACUGAAGAAGUAUUUGGUAGAGAACAAGCUAGCGAAUGAAGGGGAGCUUAAGACGAUAGAGAAGAAGAUAGACGAGUUGGUGGAGGAAGCGGUUGAGUUUGCAGACGCGAGUCCGCAGCCAGGUCGGAGUCAGUUGCUAGAGAAUGUGUUUGCUGAUCCCAAAGGGUUUGGGAUAGGACCUGAUGGACGUUACAGAUGUGAGGAUCCCAAGUUUACCGAAGGCACUGCUCAAGUCUGAAGAAAAAAACUAGUUAACCUGUGUUCUGUUCUGUCUUUGGCUUCUGUUUAAUGUUUUUUUUAUGUAUCAUUAAGUUAAAAUGCUACAGAAAACACAGUUUGGAUCGUUUGAAUUUCUUUGCUUUUUGUUGGAUAAUGCUAAAUUUACAACAACA